UCGCCGCGGACGUCAUGGAGCGGCGCCUGGGCCUCUGGUUGAGCGCGAGGCGCGAGUGAUCGGUCGGUGGUUUCCCUCGCGGGGGCCUGGCCCCGAGUCCGGAAUCGAGGCCGGAGCCGGUACCGGGGAAGAGGAGAAGGGCGGGAUUCCCUCAGGGGAAGAAUCCAGGCUGGUAUCGGGAAGGAUGACCACGCUCACGCGACAGGACCUCAACUUUGGUCAAGUGGUGGCCGACGUGCUCUGCGAGUUCCUGGAGGUGGCGGUGCACCUGAUCCUCUACGUGCGUGAGGUUUACCCGGUGGGCAUCUUCCAGAAGCGUAAGAAGUACAACGUGCCUGUCCAGAUGUCCUGUCACCCGGAGCUGAACCAGUAUAUCCAGGACACGUUGCACUGCAUCAAGCCGCUUCUGGAGAAGAAUGAUGUGGAGAAAGUGGUGGUAGUCAUCUUGGACAAAGAGCACCGCCCAGUGGAGAAAUUCGUCUUUGAAAUCACCCAGCCUCCGCUGCUGUCCAUCAGCUCAGACUCCCUGCUAUCUCACGUGGAGCAGCUGCUCCGAGCCUUCAUCCUGAAGAUCAGUGUAUGUGAUGCCGUCCUGGACCACAACCCGCCAGGCUGUACCUUCACAGUCUUAGUGCACACGAGAGAAGCUGCCACUCGCAACAUGGAGAAGAUCCAGGUCAUCAAGGACUUCCCCUGGAUCCUGGCAGACGAGCAGGACGUCCACAUGCACGACCCCCGACUGAUACCCCUGAAAACCAUGACAUCAGACAUCUUAAAGAUGCAGCUCUACGUGGAAGAGCGAGCUCAUAAAAGCAGCUGAGGGUGUGCCUGCCCACCGUGGAUGCCACAACUGUCGGACUGUGGGGGCCCAGCCUAGGGCAGUGCUGCAGGGCCCCCCUGAUUCCAAGUGCUCUUAUUGCCUCUGUGUAUGGACCACCCACCCUCCAGCCCGGGGCUGCUCAGGCCUGGUUGCCUUCAUGGAGGAAGCCUCCCCAGGAGGGCAGGGAAGGGUGCUGGGACCUCAGUUUCUCAGCCUCCUGGGAUUCAGCUGGCCAACGCUGCCUCAAAUACCGUGCUGUGAGUUGUUUCAAUAAAGAGCCCCCAGGGCUGA